AUGUCUAUUUUUGGAGAACCUCUUCCGCAUGAGGAUGACACCGCGACUUCACUUAUUCGGCGUGAGGGCUACCCACCUCUUGGAUCAUAUGAUCAAAUGCCGCAGGUGUACGUGUGCCCCUGCUGCAGCGCCAUAAAUCCCAGCCAUGAACGUGAUCAUCUGCUGCGCACUGCAAAGGAGGAGAAGGAGUUGGAGCGACGUCGGAUCAUGCAACUCGACAUAUUUGACGAGCGGGCGAAACCCAUCAGCACUGCCGCACCUCGACCGCGCAGCAUUAAUAUUCAUCAUGACCCCGAAGACGAUGAACUAAACCAGCCGGUCGUGCCUCCACCACCGAUGACCUUGGAUGAGCUGCGGAAGUUGCGGCAGGAGGCAAACAAGACGCGGCUCAUUGUAACUGUUCAUCAUGGGAAGAAUCUUCAGGCUGAUCCACAUGAUCCGACAUCCAUUCUUGUGCGCUGUGGUGCUUUUGAGGGACAAACAGCGAAGGUGCCUCGUGGUACUGGCACUAUUUGUACGUGGGAGGAACUUUUUGAGUUUCCUUAUCCCAAUGAAGAGGAACCACUGGAGGUGCUUGUCAUUGAUGAUGAACUUCCUGCCGAUCAGGACCAUAUCUUGGGCGGUAUUGUUGUGCCGCCAUACGCAUUGCGCAAUCGUGCUCGUGGUGAUGAGGAUGUGUUACCAGUUUGCAGAGAGGGUGAGAUGCACCGUGGUUAUGGUCGCAUGAAGGAGACUCCUCUGGGCUCCAUUGUCGUUUCGUGGUACGUGAAGUAUGACGGACAGGAGACUGAGCCCACCGAUGGUAAACAGAAUCUUGAGAGUCCUGUUGACUGCGUCUUUGUCGUUCACCGCAUCUUCCAGUACACAGACAAUGGAACAACGCCCUUUACGGGAGGUGUUCUUUGCGUUCUGCGUGACACAGACGAUAACUGCUCCGCAUCCACCCAGUACCAACCAAGUGGCGUGGCAAACAUGUCAACUUCGCCGUAUUACACCAAAGAAGGUUUUAAUUAUCUCCCCGAACCACCAUCGCAGAUCAUGCAACUCAUUACAGAAAAGAGACUCGGUCACGUGCUGGUCUGCGUUCCGAAAAGCGACGAGGAAGGCGAGGAAAAUGAGGAGCUACUGGUUGUUGGUGCUGUUCCACUUGAUUUUGGGGAGUUAUACCGCAAAGGCUCUGCUGUUUUGCUUGUUGAAUCAAAGGUAAAGGAGGACGUUCUGUGGGGUGAGAUUGCACUUGAGUGGUGCUUCACACCACAUGCAGAUGUGCAAAGGAAAUUGGAAGAGCUCCAAUUGGCCGAAGAGAGCAAGCUGGAGCAUGAAGCCUUGAAGGACAAGGAGAUGCCGCCAACCAGUGGGUCCCUCUUUGUAACCGUCGUACGUGGUUUGAACCUUACCAACUGCGAAGGAAGACCGCUCAUCCGGGCGCAGGUGUCUGUGUUUUCCGGCGAUAUGGAGGGCUCGACAUUUGUUGCUCCCAGGGAGGUGGGCGAAGAUGGUCUCACAAACGUCAUGAACUGGAACCAGGAAGUCCGUUUUAUCGACUUGGAUGGAGAUCCAUCUGAAAUUACUGUGUACGUUAUUGAUGAGGAUCAAAGAGUCAGCAGUGGCACCUUCGCAGUGGAACAGGACCGUGGCUACGCUGUUGUGAAGAUGCACGACCCAUAUGACGAGGAGAAGCAGAUGGGUGAGCUUUUGGUGACGUACAACCGUCAUUGCACCACCGAGGACGCCGCGGCCAAAGUGUCAGGCAUACAAAACGGAGAGGCUAACAAGGUGAACGGCAACGGGACGCGGCGUAUUUCAACAAGGGAAAGAAGCGAAAGGUCUCCGGGAUCUCGAAGCCACCAGUACAGCAACGAUGAUAUUUAUGAAAGAGACAAUGAAAAUGAGGACAAUAUCAACGACUUAGAAGGAUAUGAGUACGAUGACAUGCAUAAAGGUGACAAAAAACACUCAGAUGAGGAGCAAUCGAGAAGUCGGUCACGAAAUCGAGGCUACCCCGAAGAGAAAGAGGACUCAAGGAGGGAGCGGUCCGGAAGGGAAGGACGGGAGCGAGGCUACCCCGAAGAGAAAGAGGACUCAAGGAGGGAGCGAUCCGGAAGGGAAGGACGGGAGCGAGGCUACCCCGAAGAGAAAGAGGACUCAAGGAGGGAGCGGUCCGGAAGGGAAGGACGGGAGCGAGGCUACCCCGAAGAGAAAGAGGACUCAAGGAGGGAGCGAUCCGGAAGGGAAGGACGGGAGCGAGGCUACCCCGAAGAGAAAGAGGACUCAAGGAGGGAGCGGUCCGGAAGGGAAGGACGGGAGCGAGGCUACCCCGAAGAGAAAGAGGACUCAAGGAGGGAGCGAUCCGGAAGGGAAGGACGGGAGCGAGGCUACCCCGAAGAGAAAGAGGACUCAAGGAGGGAGCGAUCCGGAAGGGAAGGACGGGAGCGAGGCUACCCCGAAGAGAAAGAGGACUCAAGGAGGGAGCGGUCCGGAAGGGAAGGACGGGAGCGAGGCUACCCCGAAGAGAAAGAGGACUCAAGGAGGGAGCGGUCCGGAAGGGAAGGACGGGAGCGAGGCUACCCCGAAGAGAAAGAGGACUCAAGGAGGGAGCGCGACCACCCUGAGGAAGGGUUGAGGAAUGCUGGUGCCGGAGAUAAUAUUCCGGGGGAUGUAGUGGCUCGAGAAAGCGGGAAACGAGAGCCUGUACAGAAUGAGCGUUCUAGGGAGGGAGAUGAACCGAAUUAUUAUGGUGGGUACCCCCAGGAGUAUUUGAGUGAAAGGGUGUUGAAGUCAGGGCACGACGACAAUGAGAAGCAGGAGGAAAUGGAGGGUCAGGAUGUAGCAGCCAGCAGCAAGCCACCCCGGGCCGUAAGGACCACUCUUCUGGAGGACAAGCACAGAAGCUCCCGUGGUGCGUCGCCUCCCAAUGGCCCUGCUUCCGCUUCUGUUCCCUCACAACCGCACUCCACACCACACUCGGAUUGGAGUCAGGGUGACACAGGCUUUGAGCCCCGUGGAGGGAAAACUAAAGUCGGAAAGCCUCCAUCCCGCCCCGAGCAGUUUUCUGUGCCCAAGGUUCCCACGGUGCGGCAGCCAUGGUUUCCUGCUGGUUCUACCGGGAAUGAAGAUCACAUCCCACUUGAAAAACGCGAAAGCUUUAUCAACCGCACAGACUCUAUCAGGGAUUUGGAGCGUCGCUCACGAGCGUCCGAAAAAAGCAGUGGGCGUCAUGUGAGUCGGCAGAGCACAACGCAUGAUUAG